AAGUCCGCUAUAAAACUCUGUUGAUGGAAUUACUCAUAAAGACCCUUCGCAUUCAACUCUUCUAAUAUCAUCAAGUAAAAUGUCUUCUGGGCAGACGCUUGCCCAGAUGAAUCUCACGUGUAUGUGGCUAGCGGCCAUACUUUACGGAAUCAAUUGCAUAUUAUUCGGUACAUGUGUUUGUGUCAUCUACAUUAGGAGUCCAGCCCACAGCAAGCUUCUGCUCUGUGCUACCUCGUUUCAAUUCGCGAUGUCAACUGCACAUGUGAUAUUGAUGUUUAUACAAGCAAUGAUUGCAUUCACAAACACGACGAUUGCUGCUACUCCUGACGGGGCAAACUUGUACUACGCAGCUACCGGAAACUACAUUUUCUUAGCUGGUCAGUUAAUCUAUAUUGUCAAUUCACUUGCUCAAGAACUACUUUUGAUAUGGAGACUCUACGUCGUCUGGAAUCAGAAUUUCAAAGUUUGCAUUCUACCGCUCAUUAUGUGGGUAGCUCACUGUGCUACCGCUUCUGUCGCCGUCGCCUUGCUCGCGCCUAAGAAUGCUAGCAUCUUUUCGUAUACCUUUCGAGUCCUCUCAUUGUCUGGAUGGUCACUCGAGAUGAUCUUAAAUGUUACAGUAACUGCUGGUAUCGUGUACCGCAUCUGGCAAACAGGUCAGCAGACAGCUGCUCUGACCUCCGGCGGCGGCUUCAGGUACAAAGGCACCAUCAUAACGAUCGUGGAAUCUGGGGCGCUCAUCGCAGCCUGUACAUGCGUGAUAUUUUGUCUAUGGGCAGCAGGUAAUAUUGCAGGGUUAGUGGGAAGCAACAUUGCAAUACAAGUCGCUACAAUGACCCCUCUCCUCAUUAUUGUUCGCGGCGGUCUUAGACGCUCUCAUUCUAAUCUUGGAUCAUAUGAGAGAUACUCAUACACUCUAGAUCCUUGGAGGUCAACGUCCUUUGUUCGCAAAUUACAGACAGAGAUUGCCCAAUGAAUAUCAUAUCUAAAUGCAAGGGUGCGGGCGUGAGCGUCGUCGUCUAUAGCACAGGAGGAAAUGAUUGGGUAGGAGAGAGAUUGAUCUCGGAGGAUGCAGUAUCAAAUGGUGUGAAAGAUAGGAGUUGUUGCUCGGGUUAGCUUGGCGCAAAUGACAC